GGCUAUCAUAAAUCCACAAUCAAUAGAAACGCGUCAAUAGAGAUCUGCGCAAGCAGACCAAUCAAAUACAAAAAGCACGUGUAGAGCGUACAGAGGAUUUUUCUCACAGUGAGGAUUUAAGCGUGCGCAUCAGGCAAAGGGAACCAACCAUCUCAACAAAAGACGGGAAAAGUGCCCGCAGCCUAGCAGUGAGAUUGCCAUCUUCCAAUUCUUCUUGAUGGAAUUAGAAGCGCAAGGCGCGCGCAUGAGGAGAAGAAAGAUUAUCAAUUGAUACAACUUCACCUUCCAAACCACAUCGAUAUCAAUUCCAGCUCGUACGACUUCGAAUCAAGAUGGCAAGCUUUUCAUUGCCAAGCUUACAGGAAACUCCUGAUAUGUGGGGCCCACCCAGUAUGGCCUCUUCAUCUGGAAAGAGUACCGAAUCAGUUUUACCAAAAGAAUUUCGCGAAAUUCCAUUCACACCUUUUGCAAAGAGUGAUAAAAUUGGUCGUUUUGCUGAUUGGAACAAUGUCUCAAGCUCUGCAAACCAAGCAGAAGGUGCAAGAGGAGCUGCCGCCCAGGCCGGUGGACGUCGUGCUGAUGGUUCGCAAACAUUGGGUGCAGGCGCAAGUACGUUCACUUACUUCCACGGAAGUGAUGAAGCAAGCUUCAGUAUCGUUGACAAUACUCGUGCAUCUGGCGCAAAACGUGGUGGUGCUGCUUUGAGUCAAAUGACUCGCGGUCGUGGUGGUGCUGCGCGCACUGCUGGUGGCCGUCAAGGUGCUUUGGGAGGAGCAGUGGCUGGUCGUACAGGCGCUGCUGCUGGUCGUGGCGGCCGAUUGGGAGGUGCUCAACGCGGUGGUGCAAUGGGUGCUGUUGGAGGUGCUCGUGGCGGUCGUAGACCAGGAUGGCGUGAUUGGGACAGACCACAAAGGACUCGUGAUCCCUCUGUGGUCGUUGGACCUGAUUGGGAACAAAUUGAAGAGAUUGAAUUCAGUCGUUUGGCUAAAUUGCGAUUGGACGUUGGAGAGGGUGAAGAUAUUUCUCAAUUUGGCUCUCUAUUCGAAUAUGACCGAUCGUACGACCGUAUCACUAGUGUCCGAUUCGAGAAACCCUUACAACCAAUGGACAGAGUUCGUUACAAUCCCACAACCUCAGAAGACCCAAUCCUACAAGAGUUGGCUUCCAAACCUGUUGAAAAGCUACACGAAACAUCCACCAAACCACCUACCAGAAUUCUUGUCACUGAUUCAAUCUUGGCUAUGCUUAUGUGCUCUACUCGUUCAGUCUACCCUUGGGAUAUUGUGAUCACACGAGACGGAAAUGGAAACAUCUUUAUGGACAAGCGUGAUGGAGGAGCAUUUGACUACGUUACAGUCAACGAGAAUGCAGCUGACCCACCAGCAGAGAUUGAGACAAAAGAAGGCGAAAGCGUUCGCGAUAAAUCUCAAUUGAUCAACACACCUGGCAGUCUCAGCUUGGAAGCAACAUACAUUAACCAAAACUUUGCCUUCCAAGUUGUGAACGAGAAGAAGGCACACAAAUUGCCCAAUGGACCCAACCCAUUCUACGACGAAAGCACAGAGAAGGAGCAAUUGGCCAGUUGUGGAUACAGAUACCGCAAAUUCGACCUUUCAACACCCAAUCAUGAUGUCGAAUUGAUUGUCCGAACUGAAUUGGACGCCAUUUUGAAAUCCACCACAAAAGGACAACCUGAUCAAUACAUCACCAUCAAGACUUUGAAUGAGUUUGAUAGCCGAGCACAAGGAGCUGGUGGUGCACCUGAUUGGCGUACCAAAUUGGACAGCCAACGUGGUGCAGUUGUUGCAACAGAGAUGAAGAACAACGGUGCCAAAUUGGCACGAUUUGCCGUACAAAGUUUAUUGGCAAAGGCUGACAACAUGAAGAUGGGUUAUGUAUCCCGUGUUUCACCUCGUGAUUCAUCUAGACAUGUUGUCUUGGGUACUCAAUGGUACAAGCCACGCGAUUUUGCUGCUCAAAUCAAUGUCAACUUCUCCAACGGAUGGGGUAUCGUUCGUACGGUUGCUGAUUUGGUCAGCAAAUUGAAGGAUGGAGAAGAAGCAAAUUCGCCUGCUAAAUUCGUUCUUGCCAAAGAUCCAAACAAGACUGUCAUUCGUCUAUACCGUGUCCCUCUCACCUGGCCUGCAGAUGAAGAUGAAGAAGAUGGUGUUUUGGUCGAUGGAGCAUCUGUUCCAGCAGAGGCUUAA